UCUUCAAUGAGCUAUUUUCUGCUUUCCGUAUCUGAGCCAUGGAGCGGAUGGAGAAACUACUUUAUGAAGCAUCAGUAGAAGGAAACCUAAUCGUUUUGAUAAUGUUGCUUCAAGAAGAUCCAUUGAUUCUUGACAGAGUUACCCUAAAUCGCUUUGGGGACAUGCCUUUACACAUCGCAUCAACUCUUGGACAUACCGACUUUGUUAAGGAGAUCCUAACUCGAAAGCCUCAGCUUGCUAUGGAGCCUGAUUCACAAAGACGCUUGCCUCUUCAUACAGCAUCUGCAAAAGGCCAUGUGGAACUAGUUAGAGCUCUGCUAUCGGUUAGCUCUGAAGCAUGCCUUGCGCGUGAUAGUGAUGGGAGCAAUCCUCUCCAUCUUGCAGCCAUUAAAGGACGCAGUGAUGUCGUAAAAGAGCUGGUGCAAGCCCGACCUCAUGCAGCUAGAGCCAUGGUGGAGCAGGAGACCAUCUUACAUUUGUGUGUGAACCAUAACCAACCGGAGAUUUUGAAGUUCUUAAUAGAGACCACGGGUGAUCAUGAGUUUCUAAACUCUAAGGAUAGUCAAGGCAAUAAUAUAUUACACCUAGCUGUGGUUUACAGACAAACUGAGACCAUAAACUUGUUGCUACUCAGUACAGCUAUACAAGUCAACGCAGCAAACACAAGUGGGGAAACACCAAUGGAUAUAUUGGCUCAAGGUCCAAGAGAUUUGAAAUAUCAACAAAUCCUACAGUCCCUAACGCGAGCAGGAGCUGUUGAGGCGAAAAUUGCCUCUACAAACUCUGAUGACUGGCUGGACAAAAAGCGAAACACUUUGAUGGUUUGUGCGUCAUUGAUAGCAACCAUGGCUUUUCAAGCAGGUACUAAUCCUCCCAGUGGUGUUUGGCAAGAUGGGUCAACGACAGAUCCAAACCGUAGGGCUGGAUAUGCUGUCAUGGUAUAUAAUCAUCCAACGGCAUACCAAAUCUUCCUGGUUUGCAACACGGUGGGUUUUGUUUCCACUCUUAGCAUUAUCUUGUUGCUUAUUAGUGGAUUGCCUUUUCUGAAGCAUCGUGUUUUCUUGUGGAUCCUGAUGGUUAUUAUGUGGAUUGCUACUACGUCUAUGUCACUAACGUACUUGGUUUCUAUAUGGGUUUUGUCACCAAAACCCGAGUCAGAGACAUUCAGGAAUGUGGUAAUUGGUAUUGUGUUGGUAUUGAUAGGGUUAAUGACUCUUUUAGUUGUUGGAAACACCAUUCGCCUGAUUGCAAUCACUACGAGGGGCUUCAGAAGGCUACUCUUCCCUAGAAAGAGGCCAAUCUUACUUCCAAUUAUCAGGAACCAUGAUGGAAUGUAA